AUGAAAAUGGCGUGUAACUGGUGCAAAGAUGACUAUUUUUCCUUGUUGAUCACCACUGAUAAAAAAUCGCAUGCUGCAUUGGAAAUGCUUGUGGAUGACCUCCAUGCAGAUAAGGAAGCCACAAUUGGAACGUUUCUAAGUCAUUCCGGUGCUGAGGAUUUUCUUUGGGGUCUUGUUCGACUGCUAGGAUGUGACAAUCCAAGGGUGGCUGGUAACUCUGCCUACAUCAUCGGGACGCUAGCUGAGUCAGACUUAGGAUGUAGUCGCAUCUUGGGCCUUGCAAAAGGGAGACAUGGAGAUCAAAGUAGAAAAAUCCUACCUGACCUCACACGCAUGCUGGCCUUUGAUGAUGCUGAAAGUGUGAUGAAUGCUGCUGGUACAAUGGGAACUCUGGCGGAGAGUUACGAGGGUCGAGAGUGGAUGCUUAAUGAACCAUGCCUGAAUCAGACGCUGGAUCAUGUGACCACACUUCUGUCCGCUGAGAACCUAUGGACUGCCAGUAAUGCUGCACUAGUUCUUGCCAGAUUAAGCAUUUCUGAAAAUGGAUGUGUGAAGGUUUUAGACCAUGAACACUCACAACACAUAUUAUCACGACUGGUCCAGUCUCUAGGGGUAGAUGAGGCAGCGUCAGGUCGUGGAAUGAAUGCUGCAUUUGCCAUAGGACGACUGUGUGACAUAGAGGCAGGCAGGAAGAGAUUAUUACAGUUGACAGAGUCAGAGAGAAUGCUCUCAGCAUUAGCAAAAAUGUUGAGUUGUGAUGACACUGGAUCCAGUAAGAAUGCCUGUUUUGCCUUGAGUUGUCUAGCGACCAAUGUGGAGGGUCACACACGUCUGCUCAACAACCUACAUUCUGAUGACAUCCUCCGGACGCUUGCCAAUCUUCUCACGGCCGAGGACACAGAAACAGGAUGGUUUGCUGCCAUGACUCUGCGAACCCUUGCCAGUCAGCCCCGUGGAUGUUUAAGGCUGAGGGACCAUAGUCAGGUCAUCCCUGCCCUGAAGGCUGUGGUAAGUCGUGAUGAUGCCAACACAGAUCUGAAGGAAGAAUCCAGCAUUACAUUAGAAAUCCUAAAGAAAUUAUCUAAACCUAAUCCACCUCAUCUACAAAUCAUCAAUAAUGGUACGGCUGUGAGAGCAUCAUGGGACCCCAUAUCUACAAAAAGUGGCUUUCAAGUCCGCUACCAACUAUUUGAUACUACCAAAUGCAUUUUCACCGGAAAGGAGCUGGAAUUCAACAUAACUAGUUUACUUCCUUGCACUCAGUACUCAUACAAACUCCGUGCAUAUACAGAAGGUGAUGAAAGUCCAUUUAGUGAUUUAGCACUCAUUGUCACAGAGGAGUCUGUUCCAAGUGCUCCACAAAACUUACGGGUAUUAGGAUGUACAAUUACUCAGCUAAAGAUUGGUUGGGACCCUCCUGAACAUCUGAACGGGGUCCUGAAGGGUUACACAGUCUAUCAAGGUGACAGAGUGGUGGAGAACACAACAGAGUUAGUGUGUAUCAUCUCUGGGUUACAGGCCAAUACUUCGUAUGACAUAGAGGUAUGUGCUGCUACAGCCAAAGGUAAAGGGGAAAAAGCAUGCUUGGUUGGAACAACUUCAGAAUUAGGUGCUCAUGCUCCAUCCAAGCCUCAUGUCCAGGUGAUUGGACGUAAUGAGAUCCACAUCACUUGGGACCCUCCAGAGGUUCCCCUCGGGAGGAUCACACGUUACGACCUCAUCAUGAAUUCACAGUGUAUUUACUCUGGCACAGACCUCAGUUUUACUGCCAGAAGACUAACUCCAGACACUGAAUAUGCUAUCACGGUGACAGCAUUAACUAAUGAAGGCAAGUUUGUAAGCAAAGUCACAAAGAAAAGAACUUCUAAGGAUGAAUAUGAUUCUAACCGUCCUCCUCUGUACCAAACACCUCCAGCACGGCGAGAAAGUACUGCACUAGAUGAAAAACCACCAACUGUUGUCCAACCCAGAAAGAAAAAGUCAGUCACAGGGACUGAGGCAAGGUCUAGGGCUGUCAGUGCUAAGAGGUCCAAUACACCUGGCAAAGAAAGAACAAAAACACCUGGUGACUCCCGCGACCCCCAAACUCGCCCUAGUUCAGACUCAACUGCACUACUUAAGAUGAGCCAGAGGAAGUCAAGUAGCAGUGUUUCUUCUGUUGCUGUCCAGCCUUUGGAACCAAAACCUACAGAAAUAGAACCAGAACAUGACAAAGAAAGUCUAAGAAAUAACUACCACGUUGGCAUGAGACUUAGAGAAGUGAAUUCUCCCCAGAAAGUGGUACCACCGGAAGUUCCAAAGAAAGAAGUGGUUCAUCGAACACGUUCACAAAAUAACCCAGUUCAAGUAAAGGAGGCAUUUCAAAGCAGACCUCCACCACAAAAGGCUGAAAGAUCACAAAACAUUGGCAAGAUGUUUCCAGUAACGAUGAGCUAUGUAUCGAUCCAAGGAAACAAAAAUAACUCGAGUGAUGAACCUGGAUCCAUUGCACCAGAUCCACAACAACAGAUGAAGAAAGCUUUUGCAAGAUCAGGCACAUUUGUUGAAAGCAACGUCCCAGCAAUUCCUCCUGGACUCAAGAUGGAGCGUUCACGAACAAUAAUGAACAAUAAUAAACGAGUUGAUUUUCGUCAUCGUGGGGUGAAAAUAACAAUUGAUCCAAGUAUAUAUACUAACCAUACUCCAAAUACUCAGAAUAGUCGAGGACCACCAGAUCUAACUCCUAAUGCUGUAUCUAUCGAUAGACAUAUCUCUAAGAGGAAUUCAAACCUCAGCAGUGCUGGUACUGUUAGGGCAAUAGUGAAUGAUUUAAACACUGUGCGACCUCCAUCUAAUAAAAGUCAAAUAAGUAAUAACAAUGAUUCAAGUCAUUCCAAGUCGGCAAAUAAGACACAUUGUGAUACUCAUGGAGAUAUAAAAACUCCUACGAAAAAUUCUGUGACAUUUGCUCACUCUCAAACAGAGUCCAACAGGCCACCGACAAAAAGUGCAGUAUCUAACAGCAACAGUGACCCACGAGUAACAACAGGAGAAAGACCUGUCACAUAUCCUGACAGAAAGAGAGGAUUCAGAGAAAAUCUACCAAAACCAGAACUCCCAAGUCAGCAGUACUUAGAGGGUGCUCAGAGCUCCAGUCCAUGGGGCUCUCGUUCCCUUACUAGUCCGAGAAACUCCCAGGAUCUUGGUAGAUCAAAAUACGACAAUGCUGAUAUCGAUGCUUUGACAAAACGCCUGAUAGAGCAGGGGAGCAAUAAGGAUCCCCAGUCCACAUAUCUGUCCCCAUCGGGCCAUCCCAGUGAUAGCUCGUACUUCCUAGAUAUGCAACAGGUGUUUGUACAGAGGGCCAAUAGUUACAUUAGCAGUCACAGACCUCAUGUAAGCAAACACCGCAUGUCUGACCGGACACAACGGGCAGGUGAUGGUGGUUUGUCCGGGAACCCAAUUAACCUUGGUACAGAUCUGUUGGAUAAUAAAUCACCUAUGGUGCAGUGGAACACCAAAUUUAUACCAAUGCAACUGAGAACACAACCUUCCAACCUAGCACCAACUCAGCUUCAGAGAGUAAACACAACACUAUUGGGUGAUCCCAAAGACCGAAUUGCAUCCAAAGGUAUUCAGUUUAAGCGUAUUGAGGCGCUGACAAGAAGUCAGACACUGGUGGACAUGCGUCAACAAAUGGGCGUGUCCCCUGGGAGUAAUACCCACUCUCUGACUCUCGGGGAGCAAGCGGAGAUGUACCCCAUCUCCGCUGUUCCUACCCACAGAAGUUCGGCAAGAGACAGGUCUUCCACGUUUAGAAAAAAUCCUCGAAGCAAACAGAGGCUAACAAGAUCACCGUCAGCUCGUCAUAAGGAACCGGACUCUCUUCUCCUUCAACAGUCUUGGUCAAGUAGUGCUGCAAUGGAGAGUGCCAGGUGACCUUUCGUUAUCGUAACUACUUCGAUGAUGACCUU